UGGGUCAGGCGGAGGGUGAAGGCUGCUCCAACCGGCUUCCCAAGGAAAAGAGCUCAAGUAAAUAAUUGAUGGAGAUUGAUCGGACCUGAGACAAAGCUUUGCAGGAAGCCAAGGCAUCCGAUUUUAAGCGGUCUUGGAGUCUUCUGCCAAAUACAGGAAAUGGAAAUGGAGAGAGGAAUAUGAUGAGCCAGGUUGAAUAAUUCUGCAUCUCGGGCGUGGCUCUGGCCUUUUUGUCUUUCUGCCUCCCACCCGCUACCCAAGCUCCCCAUCCUUCUCUUUCUUCUUUAAGCAACCACUCCGGUUACUUCUCUCCUGUCUUCCCUUCAAUCCCGCCCUCUUUCCAGCCCAGUCCGGUGAGGUCAGCUCAUGAAUACCGCUGCACUUCCUGGGGAAGAGUCUGGCACUGCUUGGCACCCCGGGUAUUGCCUGCUGCAUUUGCAGCCCAGCCAGCCAAGCACCGCCGGCUAGGAGUCAACUCCCAGAGCUCUAAGUCCUUGUGGUUGUCGCCUUUGUUCGGAGAAACAGAGUGGGUGUGGAUCCCGUGCCAGCAAGCGCGCCCAGCAAGAAAUUCGCCUAUAACACAACGGAAGCUGGGAAGUUGAACUUUCUCUGAAAGCUUACACAGGAAGGUUGGUGACAGAAAGGAGAGAAGAGGAUGAUCUAGAGAUGGACUCUUCCAAGUGGCAUCCAGUAGGUUCUUUCUAGACUGCCAUGAGUCAGCCACCGUCCGGGGGCGCUGCCCCAGCCGCAACCUCAGUUUCUGCCGCCACCGCAGCCACGGAGGCUCGCAUGCACCCGGAGGGCUGUAGCAGAAAGCAGCAGCGAGCUCAAUCACCCGCUAGGCCUAGGGACAAUUCUCUUCGUCAGACCUCCGGGGCCACGCGGUCCCCGCUUGGGGUCGGCCCUAAGCUCAAUUCUGUUCGGCAGCAGCAGCUGCAGCAGCAGCAACAGCAGGGUAACAAGAUAACCGGUCGGAGCACCUCCGGGACCGGCUCCAGAGGACUGGGAGGCGGGGCGGAGAAGGCGGUGCCCUCCAUACCCAAAGGGGCUGUUCCCGGAGCUGUCCAGCCCGCGCCUGGUGCUGAAGGGUCCCCCGCGGCGAUCCUGGCCUCUGUGAGCUGCAGGAGGUCCGGACAGCCGGAAGAGACACCCCGGGAAAUAGAAUCGGGGCCCUCGAAAGUCGGGGAACCUCCUCCGCUCGGGGGAGUAGGAGGGGGCGGGGAAGGAGGAGGAGCCGGUGGUGGCCCGGGGGACCGGGAGGGGGGCGCUCCGCAGCCGCCGCCGCCCAGGGGUUGGCGAGGGAAAGGCGUCCGCGCAACGCAGAGGGGUAACAGCGUUGCGGAGGGAGUCUCCCCUUCACCACCCACCGCUGCUACGAGCAAAACCCCCGGCCCAGGUAGCAGAAACUCUGGGAGCGGCAGCACAGGGAGCGGCAGCGGUGGUGGAGGGAGCUACUGGAAGGAGGGAUGUCUGCAGUCUGAGCUCAUCCAGUUCCAUCUCAAGAAGGAGCGGGCGGCGGCGGCGGCGGCGGCCGCGGCUCAGAUGCACACUAAAAACGGUGGCGGCGGCAGCCGCAGUUCCCCGGUCGCCGGCGCUCCAGCCAUCUGUGAGCCCCUUGUAGUCCCCUCCUCCUCCCCAAUGGCGGCUGCAGCCGAGGGCCCCCAGCAGAGCGCCGAGGGCAACGGUAGCGGCGGGGCCAUGCAGGCAGCUGCUCCCCCUUCGUCCCAGCCGCACUCGCAGCAGCUCCAAGAGCAAGAAGAUAUGCAGGAGGAGAUGGAGAAGCUGAGGGAAGAGAACGAGACUCUCAAGAACGAGAUCGAUGAGCUGAGGACCGAGAUGGACGAGAUGAGGGAUACUUUCUUCGAGGAGGAUGCCUGUCAACUGCAGGAAAUGCGCCAUGAGUUGGAGAGAGCCAACAAAAACUGCCGGAUUCUGCAGUACCGCCUCCGCAAAGCCGAGCGCAAAAGGCUCCGCUACGCGCAGACUGGGGAAAUUGAUGGCGAGCUGUUGCGCAGCCUGGAGCAGGAUCUCAAGGUUGCAAAGGAUGUAUCUGUGAGACUUCACCAUGAAUUAGAAAAUGUGGAGGAAAAAAGGACAACAACAGAAGAUGAAAAUGAGAAACUGAGGCAGCAGCUAAUUGAAGUUGAAAUUGCAAAGCAAGCUUUACAGAACGAACUGGAAAAAAUGAAGGAGUUAUCCUUAAAAAGAAGAGGAAGUAAAGAUUUGCCAAAAUCUGAAAAAAAGGCUCAGCAGACACCCACAGAGGACGACAAUGAGGAUCUCAAGUGCCAGCUACAGUUCGUUAAGGAAGAAGCUGCCCUGAUGAGAAAGAAAAUGGCCAAGAUUGAUAAAGAAAAGGACAGAUUUGAACACGAACUCCAGAAAUACAGAUCCUUCUAUGGGGAUUUAGACAGUCCUUUACCCAAAGGAGAAGCAGGGGGACCUCCCAGCACCAGGGAGGCCGAGCUCAAGCUGCGGCUGCGGCUGGUGGAGGAAGAGGCCAACAUCCUGGGCAGGAAAAUCGUGGAACUGGAGGUGGAGAACAGAGGCCUGAAGGCGGAACUGGAUGACCUGCGGGGCGAAGACUUCAAUGGCUCUUCCAACCCUCUCAUGAGGGAGCAGAGCGAGUCCUUAUCGGAGCUGCGACAGCACCUGCAGCUUGUGGAAGACGAGACGGAGCUGCUGCGGAGGAACGUGGCUGACCUCGAGGAGCAGAACAAACGCAUCACUGCGGAGCUCAACAAGUACAAGUACAAGUCCAGCGGCCAUGACAGCUCGCGGCACCACGACAGUGCCAAGACCGAGGCCCUGCAAGAGGAGCUGAAGGCAGCGCGCCUGCAGAUCAAUGAGCUGAGCGGCAAGGUCAUGCAGCUGCAGUAUGAGAACCGCGUGCUCAUGUCCAACAUGCAGCGCUACGACCUGGCCUCACACCUGGGUAUCCGUGGCAGCCCUCGCGACAGCGAUGCUGAGAGUGAUGCGGGCAAGAAGGAAAGCGAUGAUGACUCCCGGCCUCCCCAUCGCAAGCGCGAAGGGCCAAUUGGUGGUGAGAGCGACUCAGAGGAGGUGCGGAACAUCCGCUCCCUCACACCCACCCGCUCCUUCUACCCCACACCCGGGCCCUGGCCCAAGAGCUUCUCAGAUCGGCAGCAGAUGAAGGACAUCCGCUCCGAGGCCGAGCGCCUGGGCAAGACCAUCGAUCGGCUCAUCGCAGACACGAGCACCAUCAUCACAGAGGCACGCAUCUACGUGGCUAAUGGGGACCUGUUCGGACUGAUGGACGAGGAGGAUGACGGCAGUCGUAUCCGGGAACACGAGCUGCUCUACCGCAUCAACGCGCAGAUGAAGGCCUUCCGCAAGGAGUUACAGACCUUCAUCGACCGCCUGGAGGUGCCCAAGUCUGCGGAUGACCGAGGAGCGGAGGAGCCCAUAUCCGUGAGUCAGAUGUUCCAGCCUAUCAUUCUGCUUAUUCUCAUCCUUGUCUUAUUCUCGUCCCUGUCUUACACAACAAUAUUUAAACUUGUCUUCCUUUUUACACUGUUUUUUGUACUGUAAAUUUUCCAUCAUUUGCUGUCCGUUGUAGUGUUUUCAGUUGUUUUUAUUUUGUCCACCCUUCAAGACAAGACAUAAAAGAAGUAUCAUUUCUGUAGUAGCUGAUGCUGUAAACAAAAAAACACUGAAGACUGCAUAUCUCUGUAAAAAGACACAACUCACCUUACACUGUCAAAUUCACUAGGAAACCCCAGCGACCAAAGUGUUUCAG